AUGGUUGCUGAAAUGAUUGCUGAAACGUUUGCUGAAAUGGUUGCUAAAACGGUUGCUGAAUUGGUUGCUGGAAUGUUUGCCAAUGUGUUGCUUGAUUUGGAAUUACAUUCCCGAACCCUAAUGGUACACUCACAAGGGUUGAUCCUGAUGACUCAAUUUUGUUCUCCACCUUUGGUC